AUCUAUGGUAUUCGUGAUUCUCUACAGAUGGUGUGGGUCCUGGAUGGAAAUUCUUUAAUAGCAGCUCCUCUUAGCAACAGUGUCAAGCCUGUCUUUCUUGCGUUAGUAGCAUGUAGGGACACAGAAUUCCACAAUGAAGAAAAAGGUAAUCUGGUUUACCUGGCAAUCCAGGGCAAAGAUCUCUGUAUCUUCUGUGCAGAAGUUCAAGGCAACCCUACUUUGCAGCUUAAGGAGAAAACGAUCAUGAACCUGUACCAGGAGAAGAAAGCACCGAAGCCUUUUUUCUUUUUCCACAGUAAAGAGGGCUCCACCUCUGUCUUUGAGUCAGUCUCCUACCCUGGCUGGUUCAUAGCCACCUCCCCCACGGCAGGACAGCCCGUCACUCUCACCCAGAAGCGGGACAUAACUACCAACACUAACUUCUACUUAGAUCCUAAAAAUUAA